AUGAAGCAUUUCGUUGGUGCCACUCUGAUGAUGAGCUGCCUGGGGUAUCCGAACAUACGGAUGUACUGGGCAGACGCUACAAGACUUUCUGCCAUCGCUGAUGUGAUUACGAGAGACAGAUUCUUCACUCUCAGAAGCAACCUGAAGGCAGUCAACGACCUUGACGUGCCUGACGAGGAGAAAAAGACCGACAGGCUACGGAAAGUGAGGCCGCUGCUGAAUCAAGGGAAGAAGGCAUGCCGUGAGCUACCGAGGACUGCAGCUGUGAGUAUUGAUGAACAGAUAAUACCUUUCACCGGAGCCACAACGUUCAAGCAAUACGUGCCCGGCAAGCCCCAUCCAAACAGGUUAAAAAAUUUUGUACUUGCAAGCCCGGCUGGUUUGGUCCUCGAUUUUGAAAUUUAUCUGUUGAAAGCAUGCCUGCAAGGUGGAGGGAAUCCGAGCCUAGGAUGCUUCACCACAGUGCCUCUGCUAGAGUCACUCGCCGAGAAGGACCUGCGAGGAACAGGCACGAUAAUGAAAAACCGGCUUCCAAAAGAUGCAAAACUGGAAGAUGAUAAAUCACUGACGAAGAAGCGCAGGGGUGCCAGCUGCCAAGUAGUCAAUGCCUCAUCAGGAGUCUGCAUAGUGGAGUGGGUGGGCAAUAAACCCAUCACGCUGGCCUCUACCCGCAUAGAGUACAACAAGAACAUGGGCGGGGUAGAUCUCUGUGACAGGAUGCUCAACCUCUACCCCACAACAAAGCGAACGAAAAGGUGGACGGUACGAACCAUGCUAUUCUCAAUUGAUCUGGCAGCCGUUAACUCUUGGCUCCAGUACAAGGAAGACUGCAUUAAUUUGCACAAAGCCAAGAAGGACAUCCUCGGCUUGCUAGAGUUCAAGAUGGCUCUUGCUCACCUCCUGCUUUGA